UAGGAGGCGGGGCUGUGGCCGCGGGUUCCGCCGCCUCGGGAGCCUCAGGAACCUCCGGAGCCUCCCAAGCCCUCCAUCAGGCUGCGGCGGGCCAGCGUGGGCGGCGGCUGGCCUGUGGAGCGGCCGCGAUGCUGAGUUCCCGAGCCCAGGCGGCGAGGACGGCGGCUGACAAGGCCAUCCAACGCUUCCUUCGCACCGGGGCGGCCGUCAGAUACAAAGUCAUGAAGAACUGGGGCGUUAUAGGGGGAAUUGCUGCUGCUCUUGCAGCAGGAAUCUAUGUUAUCUGGGGUCCUAUUACGGAAAGAAAGAAGCGAAGAAAAGGGCUUGUGCCUGGCCUUGUCAACUUAGGAAAUACCUGCUUCAUGAACUCGCUGCUGCAGGGCCUGUCUGCCUGCCCUGCAUUCAUCAAGUGGCUGGAAGAGUUCACCACCCAGUACACCAGGGACCAGCAGGAGCCCCCCCCACACCAGUACUUGUCCUUGACACUGCUGAACCUCCUUAAAGCUUUGUCCUGCCAAGAAGUCACUGAGGAUGAGGUCUUAGAUGCAAGCUGCCUGCUGGAUGUCCUGAGAAUGUACAGAUGGCAGAUUUCCUCCUUUGAAGAGCAGGAUGCUCACGAAUUAUUCCACGUCAUCACCUCGUCCCUAGAGGAUGAACGAGACCGCCAGCCACGGGUCACUCAUUUGUUUGAUGUGCAUUCCCUGGAGCAGCAAUCAGAGAUAACUCCCAAACAAGUGACCUGCCAUACAAGAGGGUCUCCUCACCCCACAUCCAAUCACUGGAAGUCUCAACAUCCUUUCCAUGGACGACUUACUAGCAACAUGGUCUGCAAACACUGUGAACACCAGAGUCCUGUUCGGUUUGACACCUUUGAUAGCCUUUCUCUGAGCAUUCCAGCGGCUACUUGGGGUCACCCACUGACCCUGGACCACUGCCUUCACCACUUCAUCUCUUCAGAAUCAGUGCGGGAUGUUGUGUGUGACAACUGCACAAAGAUUGAAGCCAAAGGAACACUGAAUGGGGAAAAGGUCGAACACCAAAGGACCACUUUUGUUAAGCAGUUAAAGCUAGGGAAGCUCCCUCAGUGCCUCUGCAUCCAUCUCCAGCGACUCAGCUGGUCCAGCCAUGGCACACCCUUGAAGCGGCAUGAGCACGUGCAGUUUAACGAGUUCCUGAUGAUGGACAUCUACAAGUACCGCCUCCUGGGACACAAACAGAGUCAGCAUGGCCCCAAACCCAGUGAGAACCCUGGGCCUGCACUGGAACUACAGGACAGGACAGUAGCCCCAAAGCCAGUCCUGAGUCAGCCAGGAGCCCCCAAAACACAGAUUUUUAUGAAUGGUACCUGCUCCCCAUCUUUAUUGCCAACACUGCCUCCUCCAGUGCCCUUCCCUCUGCCGGUGGUUCCUGACUACAGCUCCUCCACAUACCUCUUCCGCUUGAUGGCAGUUGUUGUCCACCAUGGGGACAUGCACUCUGGACACUUUGUUACUUAUAGACGGUCCCCACCUUCAGCCAAAAAUCCUCUGUCAACCAGCAACCAGUGGCUGUGGAUUUCUGACGACACUGUCCGCAGGGCCAGCCUGCAGGAGGUCCUGUCCUCCAGCGCCUAUCUGCUGUUCUACGAGCGUGUUCUGUCGAGGAUGCAACAAGGACGGGAGUACAGGUCUGAGGAGUGACAUGCCAACCCAGAGCUAGGGCCUGUGGUGCGGUCCACUCUGUCCCCAGUAAACGCAAAGGCUUGCCAUGUGUACACGUGCAAGCCAGCCCCUCUAGAGCCCCUCAGUCUACUGUGUAUUCUAAGAGCAGGCUCCACAUGGGAGCCAGUCCCACGAAGCUCUGCAAGGGUGUACUGGAAGGGGUCCUCCUGUUAGGACAGCAUUCAUUCUGUCUAGAGCAUCUUUUACUCAUCUGAUACAGGUAAUUAAACCAGACUCCAGGAGCCACUUUUUCUACUACUGUAAUAUGCUAGAUGUUCUCAGAGGAGGUUGCUUUUGUCUAAUCCUAUGACCUUUCAGCAUAGACCUUUUAUUUUUAAUAAGGAGCCCCCUCCUCAAAUUGACAAGCAUUAGUGAAAUGAUUAAAGGACACAAUUUAGAAGAAAAAGUGCCUUUUACUUUUGAUUGUUUUUGUAGUAAGCUCACUCUGAGAAGCAGACAUACUUAAGAGUCACAUGCACCACUUCUGAAAAGCCCCUCUUUCAAGUUACUCAGAGAUCAAAGAGGAGUUAAAAGAUGUCUAAACUGGGCAUUGGUGGCUCACUCCUGUAAUCCCAGCACUGGGGAUGCUGAAGCAGGAUAACUGCAACUUCCAGGCCAGCCUGGGCUAUAUAAAACCCUGUCUCAAAAAAAAAAAAAAAAAAAAAAAAAAAAAAAAAAAAAAAAAAAAGCCUCAACACCUCCCACCUUUUUGUAUGCCUUUUGUAAUCUUUCAAUUCUUUGUAUGCAGUGGAGGCUCAUCUGCCAGAUGCCCCAGCUCUGAAAUUGUUCAUUUUGUCAGUUAUAUUGUAAGGGUACUACUCCUAUGUCACUGUUCCCUUUGGAGACCCUGGACCGAGAAGUGACUUUAGUCUAUUCCAAAGCUGCAGCUAGCCAGGUGUGUACAGACCACCUGCUAAUCUCUCUGCUACACAAGACCUUGAAGGUUCUUAAGGUGUUCAGCCAGGAAUGUGGGUGAGGUGGCUUGAGAGCUGGGUUAGGAAGAGGCUGACAGUCAGUGAGCACCAGAGUCCAGGAUGAAAGCAGCUUGUGAUUUCUGAAACGACAGCUGAUCUCAUCAUUCUAUUCUAGAUCCAUAUUCUCAAUGUUUCCAGCAGCCUAGUUCAUGUAGAGUGCAGUGAGCGUUUUCUUCCCUUUGCAGAUCUCAUAAAUGCAGCCCAGGGCUGAAGGAAUUUUAAUAACACAGGAGUACCUAUGUUUUAGCAAGGUUUAUAAUUUAAAAACAAAAAGGAUACCAAAUUGAAACAGACUCAGAAGCAAUUUGGAAUCGGGUAUAUCCAAAGGUCACACCAGGGACGUGUUUUCUCCACUUGGGGUGAGCUGGCCGACACUUCCAGAUGUGCCUAGGCAUCAGCUAGACGCCAGGGUGCUCACUGUGCACCCUGAGGACUUGGUGACUCUCCCUGCCAGCAAGAAACAACGAUGGAGGAGCAAGGAGCAGAUGAGCUUGUUCUGGCCAGACGGCCCUGCAUACCUGAGGUUGAACAAAAGCACAAGUGCCAGAUCACGUGACCUUAGACUGCUUGCAGAGUUGUAGGUUCCAGUCUUCACUGUCCUGGUACCACUCAUGCUGAAGUGAGCCAGGGAAGAGACGGUGAAGGGACAGGUGGGGAGGCUCACUUGGAAGCAGGUCAGAGGAAGGGCGUGAGCCAAGUUUGUAAAUGUGUUAUUGUAACUGAGCUAACUCACAUCCUCAUUUUGUAAAUUAUUAGGCAUUAGGUAGCAACCAAAUGAUCUGAUUUCUAGUUUUAAGUUAUUUAUGAAGUCAGUAGCUUCUUCCUGGAAAACCUAAGUUAAGCUAGUGGUUAUGCUGCAGACUGCUGAUUUGUGUAUUUGCUAAAGGUACUUUUGUAUCUGCUGUGUAUUAUAGCAAUAAAAGGAUCAUUUUGUUAGGAAAGUUGAGUGGUCUUUUUUUGAGGCAGGGUCUCACUAUAUGGCCCUGCUGGCCUCCAACUCACAGCCACCCAUGUGCUGGUUUUAAAGGAUGUGCCACAGGCCUGGCUGAGUACUAUUCUUU